ACCCCUCCUCGCAAGGCGGCCAGCGCAUCCUCCUCCUCGGCCUCCUCCUCCUCCAACGGUAACUACGGACAAAACGAAAACCAUAACCCUCACUACUAUUACUAAGAUUACUCUUGGGCCAUCUACCGCAAACACCCGAACGGGAUUUGACAGAGGAUAGAAGUGCCGAUUUGACAACCGAACAGUUUUCAGCAAAAAAAAAAUGACCGGACGAGCUCGAGCGAGAGCUAGAGGAAGAGCCCGUGGGCAGGAGACAACCCCGGUUGUGGGACCCCCAGCCAUUCAGCAAACCAGUUAUGGCCCCUCAAAGCCUCAGCAGCCCCCCUCAGAGGGUGAAUUUGUGGGUCGUGGACGACAAAGAGGAACCAUGGGAGCCUCCAAGUCACAAGCGCAAGAAUUCCAGAUUACAACCGGAUUUCAAAGUCUGUCACUGGCGGAGAAAGGAAGCCGUCAAAAAGACUUCCAUGACCUUGGAGUGAAUACUCGGAAGGGCAUAGAGCACGUUCAAGAGUCAAAAACAGGUUCAUCAGGAAUUGUGGUUAGAUUAAGCACUAACCACUUUCGAUUGACAUCUCGUCCCCAAUGGGCCCUAUAUCAGUACCACGUUGACUAUAAUCCCCAAAUGGAAGCCAGAAGACUGCGUUCAGCUUUACUCUUUCAACAUGAAGAGCUGAUUGGAAAGACCCAUGCAUUCGAUGGAACAAUUUUAUUCUUACCAAAAAGGCUACCAAAUAAGGCUACUGAGGUGUUUAGUCAGACUCGCAGUGGAGAAAAUGUGAAGAUAACUAUAACUUUAACUAAUGAGCUGCCACCUACUUCACCAACUUGUUUGCAGUUUUACAACAUUAUUUUCAGAAGGCUUUUGAAGAUCAUGAACUUGCAACAGAUUGGACGCAAUUAUUACAAUCCGAGUGACCCAAUCAGCAUUCCAAAUCAUAGGCUGGUGAUUUGGCCAGGUUUCACUACUUCUAUUCUUCAGUAUGAGAAUAAUAUUAUGCUGUGUACUGACGUGAGCCAUAAAGUUCUCCGAAGUGAAACUGUCUUGGAUUUCAUGUAUACCAUAUAUAAUCAAUCUGGAGAUCGUAAAUUUCAAGAACAAGUUUCUAAGGAAUUAGUUGGAUUGAUUGUUCUGACAAAGUAUAACAAUAAAACCUAUAGAGUUGAUGACAUUGAUUGGGAGCAAAAUCCAAACAGCACCUUUAAAAAAGCAGAUGGCUCUGAAAUCAGCUUUUUAGAGUACUACAGAAUGCAAUACAACCAAGAAAUUACUGAUUUGAAACAGCCAGUUUUAGUUAGCCAGCCUAAGCGGAGGAGAGGACCUGGUGGGGCUUUACCGGGACCUGCAUUACUCAUCCCUGAGCUCUGCUACCUUACAGGCCUAACCGAUAAAAUGCGAAGUGAUUUUACAGUGAUGAAAGACUUGGCUGUUCACACAAGAUUAACGCCUGAACAAAGGCAGCGGGAAGUAGGAAGGCUGAUUGACUACAUUCAUAAAGACGACAAUGUUCAAAAGGAACUUCGAGACUGGGGCUUAAGCUUUGACUCUAAUUUGCUGGCCUUCUCGGGAAGAAUUAUGCAGACGGAGAAGAUCAUCCAAUCGGGAAAAACAUUUGACUACAAUCCAGCACUUGCAGACUGGUCGAAAGAAACAAGGGGUGCACCUUUAAUUAGUGUUAAACCACUGGACAAUUGGCUGUUGAUCUAUACACGGAGAAAUUAUGAUGCUGCCAAUUCCCUAAUUCAAAAUCUCUUUAAAGUUACACCUGCAAUGGGAAUCCAAAUGAAGAAAGCAAUAAUGAUUGAAGUGGAUGAUAGAACUGAAGCUUACCUAAGAGUUUUACAACAAAAGGUUACCUCAGAUACUCAGAUAGUAGUCUGCCUUUUGUCCAGUAAUCGGAAGGACAAAUAUGAUGCUAUCAAGAAAUACUUGUGUACGGACUGUCCCACACCGAGUCAGUGUGUGGUCGCUCGCACCUUAGGCAAACCACAGACUGUAAUGGCCAUUGCUACAAAAAUUGCUCUUCAGAUGAAUUGCAAGAUGGGAGGAGAGCUCUGGAGUGUUGAAAUUCCUCUCAAGAAUGUGAUGAUAGUUGGGAUUGAUUGUUACCAUGAUACAACUGCUGGGCGACGGUCAAUUGCAGGAUUUGUUUCCAGCCUCAAUCAAGGAAUGACACGUUGGUUCUCACGCUGUGUCUUUCAAGAUCGAGGGCAAGAGCUUGUAGAUGGACUCAAAGUUUGCUUGCAAGGGGCAUUGCGCAAAUGGUUGGCCUGCAAUGGCUUUUUGCCUACACGCAUUAUUGUGUACCGAGAUGGUGUAGGAGAUGGGCAACUGAAAACUUUGGUUAAUUAUGAGGUCCCACAAUUUUUGGAUUGCCUGAAAUCUGUUGGUGACGAUUACAGCCCCAAACUAACAGUGAUUGUGGUGAAGAAAAGAGUGAAUGCCAGAUUCUUUGCACAGUCUGGAGGAAGGCUUCAAAAUCCACCUCCUGGAACCGUUAUUGACGUUGAGGUCACUCGACCAGAAUGGUAUGACUUUUUUAUUGUGAGCCAGGCUGUGAGAAGCGGCAGUGUGUCUCCCACACAUUAUAACGUAAUCUACGAUAACAGUGCCCUGAAACCGGACUAUAUGCAACGUUUAACGUACAAGCUUUGCCAUAUGUAUUAUAACUGGCCAGGUGUUAUUCGAGUUCCAGCUCCUUGCCAGUAUGCUCACAAACUGGCUUUCCUAGUAGGUCAGAGCAUUCACAGAGAACCAAGCCUGUCACUCACAGACCGCCUUUAUUACCUCUGAGACCCAGAUGAUGACAAAUGGCUGUUUAGGAAACUGCAUUUUGGUUGAUUUUGUUGUUGUUAUUGUUACUGUUAUAGUUAUUUGAUGGUUGGUUCCCAAGUUUUUUUUUUUUUUUUUUUUAGAUCUAUCUUAAUUUAAGUUAUAGCCUUCUCAAGAGUAAACUGGAUUAGGAGUCCAGGGAUCUAAAUUCUGUUCUCAGUCCUACUACUGACUGACUGUGUGACUCUAGGCAAGGAACUACUAUUUAACAGAUUGAGAAACUGAGGUACAGAGAGCUUGUUUUCCUUUCUCCCUCCAAAGGCUGUAUGGGUUUAGUGGUAAAAUAACUGUAAGGUGCUGUAAUUGCAUCGUGUGGUGCUUUGCAAAGCACUCUUUAAGUGAUGUUAGUGUUUAGAAGACUAUUACUAUAAGCCAGUUGUAUUUCAUUGCAAAUGUUUUCUUUGGAGUGUUAUUCCUUUAAAUUUAAAGCAUUAGGAAAAUCUUAAUAAAAGAUUAAAAUCUCA